CAACGGUCUCAUCGCUCGUCAAGACCCGCAGUCCCGACACACUCGGUCGGUGGAACUGGGGCUAUAUUACUUGCCUACCUGCCUUCUCCUGCAGCAAGGCCGGGUAUUGCUGUCAGCAAGACGUCCGAUAAGAUGUCGAGCUUCCAAGAGCUAAUCAUGUCGGUGAUUCUGAACCCGCCAGACGAAAAUGAGCCGCUGCCCUUGUCGAAUCGAAAGGCCACCAUCUUGGGCACCACCAUCACCUUCUUGAUCGCAUCAUGGAUAGCAGUUCUUUUCCGCCUCUGGGUCCGCUUUCGAAUAGUUCGUGAACCAGGCUUAGAUGACGCAUUUAUCCUCCUAGCUGCGAUGACCAACACCGUGGCAUCCACUUGCGUCUGUCUCUCCGUCUAUCAUGGACUUGGGCAGCAUAUGCUGUAUCUUGGUAUCCCCAAGAUGGAGGGAUUCCUAGUGCUCUUCUAUAUCGAACACAACGUGUAUAUAACGGAAACCGCCCUAAUCAAGGUGUCGCUCCUCCUGCAAUACUUCCGCAUCUUCAAGGCCGGCAUUAUGCGCAAGAUAUGUAUCGGCCUCUUAGUUCUUGUCAGCCUCUGGGGGCUUGGCUUCUCCAUCGUGGGCUGGUUCCCAUGCUUUCCAGUUCGAGGAUUUUGGCAGCGCACAAUUGGUGCCAAGUGCUAUGGUUUCGGCUUCGGCAACGUGCAGAGCUUCAUUGCGAUGUUCAAAGCCCAUUCAGCUUCGAACAUGGUUCUUGAUUUCAUCAUCUUCUUAACCCCACUGGUGUUGUUCCGUACGCCGCAUCUAAGGGUCAAGAAUGUGCUGGCCAUGACUGGUGUGUUCGCUUUUGGUGCUAUUGUAGUUUCUACUUCAGUAUGGCGCCUCUAUUCCAUUGUCGCCCACCGCGCCGCAACCUACCCUUACCUUGACAUUACUUGGUUCUCGCCCACCAUGGUCAUUCUGACCUGUAUCGAAAUCAACCUCGCCCUCAUCUGCGCCUCCAUGCCCAUAUUCUGGCCCGUCAUCGAAAAGUCCUUUGCCUCCAUAUUGGUUAGCUACGAGCUGGAAAUUGUGGAAGAGCGAGUGGAUGACCAUGGCCUCGCGUAUGAGCUGGAGCAUAUGCGGGACAGAGAGGGCAGUGUGAAGAGUAGUGCGACAAGUACAAGGGAGUUGACACAGCAUGAUGAUGAGGACGGAGACAUGGCGAGGAAGGUGUACACAGUGGGACUUGAUCCGCUAAGUGAGAAGGCGAGAACAACUGGCCUGGUGACAGAUGUCAGAAGUAAACCGAAGCCGAAGUGGGAGCUGUAGAAUAUCGAGAUCCUUCCUUCCACUCCCGUACCCUAUGCGGUUCCUCAUUUCUCAUCAGUGAACAUGAUCUGAUAAGUGGUGCGACUCAACGCCCUAUGCU